AUCGAGCUAAUAUUGGCAACAACGAAAUGUUAGUAAUUUUAUAACAUUAGAAUUUUUUUUAUAUUGCUCAAUUUAAUUUUUAUAUGUUUACAAAAGUGAUAAAAUUUCUGACGAAAGCAAUAUACGAUACAUAUCAAAUGUUAGAACACAUAGUAUUCCACAGGUUGUGGUAAUCAAUAAAUUGUUGCUUUAUUCAAUUUUUACAUGACGUUUCUUAUUAGUGGUUCGAAAGCGAAAAACCAUAUAAUUAAAAAUAUGAAUAAAAAUUUGUUUGUCAUCGUUUUAACAUUUUUUAUUAUGAAUCUAUCAAACGCUCAAGAUAUAGAUUUGGGAAUUAUUGUUUUUGCAAAUGUUUUAUAUAGACAUGGAGAUAGAACACCUAUAAGACCUUAUCCAAAUGAUCCUUAUAAUAAUGAAAGUAUAUGGCCAGUUCCAUAUGGCCAAUUGACAAAUAUUGGAAAGGAUCAACAUUUAUUACUUGGUCGUUGGAUUCGUAAACGCUAUUCAUAUUUAUUAAAUGAAUUUUAUUCUCCAUAUGAUAUUUAUAUUCAAAGUACUGAUGUAGAUCGUACUUUAAUGUCAGCAGAAUCACAACUUGCAGGUUUAUAUCCACCAGUUGGUAAACAAAUAUGGAGUAAUAUUAAAUGGAUGCCUAUUCCAGUACACACUAUUCCAGAAGAUAAAGAUCAUAUUUUAGCUGCUAAAAAAUAUUGUCCUAAAUAUGAUUAUGAACUGGACAAAGUUCUUAAUUCUCCAGAAAUAAGAAAGAUGAAUAAAGAAAAUAAAAAAUUAUAUGCAUAUUUGACAGAAAAAACAGGAAAUAAGAUUUCAUCUCUAAGAUCUGCUGAACAACUUUAUGAUACCCUAUUUAUUGAGAAUCUUUAUAAUAAAACAUUGCCAGAAUGGACAAAAUCAGUAUUUCCAGAUAAACUUAAAUCUAUUGCUGAAAAAAGUUUUACAACUAGUGCCUAUAAUAAAAUUCUUCAAAGAUUAAAAUCAGGAUCAUUACUUGGAGAAAUGAUAGAUCAUAUGGAAAAAAAAUCAAAAAAUGCCUUAGUACCUGAUAGGAAAAUAUGGAUGUAUAGUGCUCAUGAUGACACUUUAGCCAAUAUGUUAAUGACUUUAAAUCUUUUUGAACCACAUUGUCCACCAUAUACUGCUACAAUUUUGAUAGAGUUAAGAAUAAAUUUAAAAAAUCAGUAUUUUGUAACGAUAUAUUAUAAAAAUACUAGUGAAGAACCAAAACUUUUGACACUUCCUGGUUGUAUUACAUUAUGUCCCUUAAAUCAAUUUAUUACAUUAACAAAAGAUGUUAUACCUAUAAAUUGGGACAAAGAAUGUACAAUGGAUUGGGAACAAUUUGAAUAUAAUAUGAAUACACCAGCAGUUAUUGUAAUAUUGACAUCUUCUAUACUGAUGUUACUUUUAUUAGUUUUAUUUAUAAUGGGCUUUAUUUAUUGGCAUUAUAAACGAGAACAUAAUCAGUAUUACCUACGAUUAACAACAGAUCCUAUAUAAUUGGAUGUAAUAUUGUGAAAAAAAAUAAUUGACAUUACACGUGAGCGUUUUAUUAUUAUUAUAAUAUCAAUAUUUUCGUAAUUAAAUAAUUAACAGAAUUAAGAUAAAUUAUAAAACUCAUAUUUAA